UCGCCGUCAUCGCCGGCACGACGCAAACAAGUGUGGUGAAAAAGAAAAAUAUCGCGGGUGUGAACGUGACGCUGCGUAUAGUUAGUUAGGAUCAUAUUAUUGAUAAUUAAAUCGUCGCAAUCGUGGAUAACAACGACCGGUACGAGAUGCAGAAGCGAGACGGCAGGGAGAAUCGCGGUGACAAGGAGCUCGGAGCGCGCAGCUCCGAGCGCGACCAGGAGGUCGCCAAGCGGACCUCUAGGGGCAGCGGUAACGCCGCCCGGUCGAACGUGCACUCGUCCCGGCACAGUGUCACUUCGUCGUCCGGCGUGCUCAUGGUCGGCCCAAAUUUUCGGGUCGGCAAGAAAAUCGGCUGUGGAAAUUUCGGGGAACUUCGGCUCGGGAAGAACCUGUACAAUAAUGAGCACGUAGCAAUUAAAAUGGAACCAAUGAAGUCAAAGGCACCACAGCUACAUUUAGAAUAUAGGUUUUACAAAUUAUUAGGUACACAUGUUCAUAACACACAUAUAGAGGGUAUACCGGAGGUGUACUACUUCGGCCCAUGCGGCAAGUACAACGCUCUGGUGAUGGAACUCCUUGGACCGAGCCUCGAGGAUCUCUUCGACCUCUGUGGGAGAAGGUUCACCCUCAAAACCGUUCUCAGCAUUGCCACACAGCUUCUCCAUAGGAUAGAAUAUGUUCAUAGUCGGCAUUUAAUAUACCGCGACAUCAAACCGGAAAAUUUUCUGGUUGGACGAACCGGCUCCAAGCGGGAAAAAGUCAUUCACAUAAUCGAUUUUGGACUAGCCAAAGAGUACAUAGACCUGGAAACAAACAAGCAUAUACCGUACCGGGAACACAAGAGUCUCACCGGUACGGCGCGUUACAUGAGUAUCAACACGCAUCUUGGCAAAGAGCAAAGCAGAAGGGAUGAUCUGGAAGCGCUGGGCCACAUGUUCAUGUACUUUCUGCGCGGCAGUUUGCCGUGGCAAGGAUUGAAGGCCGAUACGUUGAAGGAGCGCUAUCAAAAGAUCGGUGAUACGAAGCGGGCCACGCCGAUAGAGGUACUCUGCGACGGCCAUCCCGAGGAGAUGGCCACGUAUCUGCGCUACGUACGCAGACUGGACUUUUUCGAGACGCCGGAUUACGAGUACUUGAGGAAGCUCUUCCACGAUCUGUUCGAGAGACGCGGUUUCGUCAACGAUGGCGAAUUCGACUGGACCGGCAAGACGAUGUCCACGCCCGUUGGGUCUCUCCAAACCGGCCAGGAGAUUGUUGUAUCGCCAAAUCGUGAUCGGCAUCCCACCGCUUACAAGGACGUGGCAGGUGGAGGGGCGGGAGGUGGGGGCGGUAAGGGGGUGGGAGCCACGUGGCCAGAUACUGUGAAGCAAUCAGGAGCCGGUGGUACAUUGACACCUGCUGAUAGGCACGGUUCUGUACAGGUGGUUUCGUCGACUAAUGGAGAACUAGCGAACGACGAUCCAACCGCUGGGCACUCCAACACACCAAUCACAGCACCUCAGGAAGUGGACAUGAUCGACGAAACCAAUGUUUGCUUUAUUUCCAGAUGCUGUUGUUUCUUCAAGCGUAAGAAGAAGAAAAGUGGAAGGCAGAAAUGACUGUCCGUUACCGUUGGUCUCGGGGGGACGGUGCAGUGUGCGGGUAAUAGUGCCGACGAUCCCAGGGAAGCUGCCGCCGGUGGAACCGUCGCCGCGACAUCGAGGGCGGGUAAACGCGGCGCGGGUGGUAUGGAUGUGGAUGCAGCAGGCGGUAUUGCGAGCAGCAGCGCCGAUCCUGAGAGGGAGAUUGUCACUCUAUUGCGUGCCGGCAGUCGUUCCGCGUCCCGGGACUCGGUGCUGCACACUACCGUCACGAUGACGCCGAUACCGACGCCACCGCCGUUGUCGAACUGAAACCUCAUCAGUCACAACGACAUCACCACUGUCGCACAGCCAUUAUACCACUGUCGCUGCUAAUUAUCAUUAGUUGGACGGUCGCGCGCGACUCGAAUCGUGAUCGAAUAAAUCAAGUUCCUUUUCUUCUGGCCAAUCGAGCUGAUCUUUUCGUUAAAUAGGUGGACUCGCUGACGACAAUUCAAUCUUCUCCGAUAACGGCGGAGAUUCAUUCCUUCUACGAUGGAAUGUAUCGGGUUAUUCUCUAUGAUAGCUGCGUGCGAUUAGAAUUGUUUUUGCUACGACUGCGUUAUGAUUAAAGCGGCUGAUUGUCUUGCGGCGUUACUUAAAACUCUACACUCCGUAGAACUCGAUACAUUGACACCAAAUCUUUAUCACACAUGGGAAGCUAACGAGGCUCGAUCAAUUUGCUUUUUUUUUGUUUUUAUUUUUUUUUAAGUUAUAUAUGUACAAAUCUACAAAAGAGUACAUCUAAACGGGUGAAAAAAAUGGUUAAUAGUGAUAUGUAUUCUGCGAAUACAAAUUUAAAGUUUUUUUUUUGAAAUUUAAUUAUUGGUGUCUAUUAAUGAAAUAUUGAGGCUUACAAUUUUAUGAGGUUGAAAUACAAAGAUGUAUUUUUCUUUACAUUUCUUUUUUUUUGUAAUAAUAUUACAGUGUAAAACUUUAUAUAAUAUAUCAUGAUGGCGAUUGAGAUUUUUACAUGUUUUUAUAUGUGUAUUCGGCGAGAGAGAUGAUGAAUUUUUCGUUGCAUGAAUUCAAUUACUCGAUGAUUAAAUUUCCAUGUCUAUUAAAAAGUCAGUCAGUCGAAUUCAGCAAGUACAUCUCUGAUCGGUAAUAUCCUUUUAGAUGCUUCUAAUAUACAUCUUGUAAUUUUAA